AUGGCAAAUCCAAAAGGCAGUAGCGAGUAUUAUUAUAACACAAUAUUGUAUUAUAAUGUUUUUGUUGUUAGUUUGUUAAUAUCAUCAGCAAAAACUGGGUUUGCAUACGUUUACGAAUCCACUCCUUUCAACCGUACCGACUUUCCUCCUGGUUUUGUCUUUGGGGCUGCCUCUUCAGCUUUUCAAUAUGAAGGAGCUGUAUCUGAAGGAGGGAGAGGACCAAGCAUAUGGGAUACUUACACACAUCAAUCACCAGCACCGAUACCAGAUGGGAGCAAUGCUGACGUGGCCAAUGACUUUUACCAUCGGUAUAAGGAAGAUGUGCAGCUGCUCAAGUAUAUAGGACUCGAUGCCUUCAGAUUGUCCAUCUCUUGGCCUCGAAUAUUACCUCAUGGAAAGUUGAGUAGAGGAGUGAACAAAGAAGGGAUUGACUUUUACAACGAAGUCAUCAAUGAGCUUCUUGCAAAUGGCAUAACACCAUUUGUGACACUAUUUCAUUGGGACCUCCCACAAACCCUAGAAGAUGAGUACAAAGGCUUUCUAAGCCCUCUCCUUGUAGACGACUUCAGAGACUUCUCGGAUCUUUGCUUUAAGGAAUUCGGAGAUCGUGUAAAGCACUGGAUCACAUUUAACGAGCCUUUUACCUUCACAAACGGAGGGUACGAUGGGGAAUUCCUCGGUUCACUUGCUCCGGGAAGGUGCUCGUCUUGCCACCAAGGGGACUCGGCCACCGAGCCCUACUUUGUUGCUCAUCAUCUUCUCCUUUGCCAUGCUGCAGUUGUUAAAUUGUAUAGGGAGAAAUAUAAGGCAACUCAAAAGGGAGAAAUAGGGAUAACAUUGGUGACCCAUUGGUUUGUGCCAUAUUCGAAUAAAACACUUGAUGUCAAGGCAGCCCAACGUGCUCUUGAUUUUGUCUAUGGAUGGUUUAUUCAUCCAGUGGUAUAUGGGAGUUAUCCAAGAAGCAUGCAAUAUCUAGUGAGAGAUAGACUGCCAAAAUUCACUGAAGAGCAAAGUGCAAUGCUAAAGGGGUCAUAUGAUUUUCUGGGACUUAAUUACUAUACUGGGAAUUAUGCUGCUCAUGUUUUCUCUCAUGGUGGAAAUAUUAGCAGCACAAAGGACAGCAGGACUCGUCUCACAACUGAUAUCAAUGGUGUACCUAUUGGCACUCCAACUGGGGUUCCAAUUUUCUAUGUCUACCCCAAAGGGCUUCAUGAUCUUCUGGUCUACACCAAGAAGUACUACAACAAUCCUCCCAUUUACAUUACAGAAGCUGGCAUGGGUGACCAAAAGAAAGAAAGCACACGAGACAACGUUAACGAUCCACAAAGGGUUGAUUUCUACAAUCGUCAUCUUCAUGCAGUUCGUGACGCCAUUACGGAGGGUGUGAAUGUGAAGGGUUUCGUGGCAUGGUCGUUUUUGGACAACUUUGAAUGGGGAUCGGGCUACAGCCAACUGUUUGGGCUUUGCUACGUGGAUCGCCAAAAUGGGCUCAAAAGGAUUCCCAAAAAAUCAGCUAUUUGGUUCAAGGACUGUCUCAAAAAGAAUUAG